AUGACUGAGUUACAUCGAAUGAAUAUGUGCUGAAGAAAAGACAUGCAACGAUCAAGCUUGGAGGAAACUUGCAUUUUUAAUACGAUUUUCCUUGAAGACUGGAAGAGGAAAGGAGAGAGGGAGAUAGAUGCCAGCUUGGCGCAGAGAAGGAAAACAGUGAGGAAUAGAACGGGCGAGAAGGAGAGUUAAAUUGAAAUUAGUGGACUGUGAGAUAAGGCAAUAACGUAACACGGUGCAGAAAAAGAGCUCUUCCUCCCCUCGGGCGAUGACAGUGCUGUGCCCCAUACAACGGAGAUUUCAACCUAUCCGCGACGCAAAGUAGUGAUCAAAGAGCUAUAUGUAUUAUCAACCCCUUCAGAGUGGAAUGUUGAGCAUGUGUAAUCUCGAAAGUGCCAAGUGUGAGGUGAGCUAGAAACGUGUCCUCAAUCCCUAAACACGAACUGUACACGAAUCAAAAGCUUCGCCUGAGUGGUACAAUUUAGUGUAAACACUUUCCUUAAUGAAACUAAUGAUGAGACACGGAGCUGAGAAACGAAUAAGUAUUAACUGUGAACCAACUUUACUCCCCGCCCACCCGACUCAGCACGAAGCAUCACCCAACACCAGGCACCGCGUUAGGAUGACCUUGCCUCCACGCCGUCUCUCUCACCACCGCUCCGGCAUCCUUACCCUAACUGAUGCCUGUUUCACCAUCCUCUUGCUGACCAGUUUAUCUAUGCUGGUAACGAAGGCGUGGAGCAAAGAAGUUGACAAAUAUCAACACUGGCUAGUGGAAGGAGACAGGACGAUGGGAGCCGUGCCUCCAGAGGAAUUCCACCGACGAGAGGAAGUCGCGGCAGACAGCAUCAGUGUGGAGGUGCUGGUUGACGCCAUGACUGCCCAGAUAAAUGUCGACGGUAGGCAGAUAUUACGGCAGUAUAACGUGUCGACCAAAGUGAGGACCACAAACUACACUAGAGGCCACCGUGGGGUGCAUGUGAUGACAUUCCACCCUCGCCACGCCUCCCUCACCCUCUCUGCUUACUUUCGGACGUGGGAGCCUCGCGCCGCCAAGGGUCUGGUGGACACCCUGGCUAGCUUGCAGGCUGGGACUCUUCUUAUACUCGCUGCACCCGGUGACUGGACGUUGUUUAUAAAUGAGAAGGCAAGCAAUUUUCUGACGGAGUUCCUGAAGGGCUGGUGGGUGCAGGACGUGUGUAUCGGGGAAAUGUGGGUGGCUGUGGCUACAGUGGGUGGGCGGCUGUGGACUGAAGCAGCCACAACCGUUCGCAAUAUCCCAGGAACGUAUUCUUCUCCACUACAUGUUGCCGUGCACGUGCCCCGCCGCUCCCCAGAAGCAGUGGCAGAAUGUGAACAGCGAACUGACGAAAAGCGGACCAAGUUUUGCGAAGAAUACGAGGGUUAUGGUGAAUGGUGUGGCUGCCCAGGACUGGACGUUUCACCAAGCCUUGCACCGCCCCUAGAGGUGAAGGAGCAGAUCCCCAUCGUCAUCGUCACCUCCCGGCACCAGUUUAAAGUGCUCAGACAACUCCAUCAGCUGUGGACUCAGCCAGGCGGAGCCAUUACCCCAAUCCUGCUAUCGGUGGACGGGGGCCAGCAGGAGGCCAUUGAGUUUGCUGCACUGUUGGGAUUGCCAGCUGUGUUCCAUGACAACCCUGCCCCUCGUGGCAGCAACAUUAGAAUUAAUGAACACAUCAAGUUUUCUGUGCUUCAUGCCUUCAAAUAUUUCCCUAAUGUAGACAAGAUCAUUGUAUUAGAGGAUGAUCUGAUUCUGGCUCCAGAUUUUAUUAGCUAUUUCCAUCAGACUGCGCCACUACUGGAUAUCGACGACACCAUCUUUUGCAUCAAUGCCUACAACUACAACAGUUUCACUCCGUUCGCUGUGGACACCUCCAGGAUGUAUCGUGAAGACAUCCUGCCUGCCUACGGGUGGAUGGUGAACAGACGGUGGUCGGAGGAAACACUCCCACGCUGGCCCAAGAGAAGUCAUGCUGUGGAUUGGGACUGGUACCUACGGGGCAUGAUCCUGCCUGGGAGGGACAUAGUAACUCCUGAAGUGCCGAGGACGAGGCAUGACGGCAAUGGCGGCGUUCAUGUGACGGGUUGGGAGCAAGGUGGCUACUUUGACCGGCGUGCUUUCAAUACCAACCCUCAUGCCGUUGUCAACAUCUCCUACCUCACGUCUAAUGCCUUUGAGAACUUCCUGCAAAGAGAGCUGACGACUGCCACUGUCCUACGAAUCACUACCCAUCCAUGUGUGAAGCAGUACAUCCCUAAGACCAAGGUGGGUAGCUUCCUGAUUUACUAUUACGGCGAAACGGAGAAAGAUCACCAUAUCAGCUACUACACUCUGGUUGGGUGUCUAGGAGGAUACGAGAAGGGUCGCAUGGAACAUCGUCACCUCAUGCACAUGAUUGGGUAUUUUGGCAACGCCCUCUACCUGGUAGCCUGCCCUGGCUCCAUAUACUGCAAAGUUAUGGGAGAUGACUACCCUGAGCUGGUGUAUCGUGCCUCCUUGACUGACUUGGAGAUAACACACCGCCAUAUGGACAGAAUCUUGCGUUCUGUCUAUGAGCCCAUCAUCCGCAUUAGAGUUCAGCCACUGGACCCUAUAGAGGAGUUUGUCAUGGAAAACUAUGUCUUCAUAAACAAGACCUUCACCUUCAGAGAAAUUAACUAAUGCUGCCAAUAUUUUUUUUCUGUUGCCUUUAUAAAUUAUCCAGCAGAGCAGAUAACGGCCUUAUGAAUCAACCUCUUGUGCAGGCCCAUAACAGCUCGAUGUCAAGGCUAUACUUGCUCAUUUGGCAGACAGAUAACAACAUGGCAUAUGAUUGUUAACCUGUUUUCCCCAGGUGGUUAUUUCUGUUCAGCCAGUUUAUGGGAAGCCUCGUUAUCUCUCUCCGAAGCUUCGAGACCUACAAACGGAGCUUUCAUUCAGCAGCCCAUGCGUCGUGGAGGCAGAGAACACAGCCAGACCCUUUAUCAACGACAUCACCUCUCUCGUCUAAUGACAUUCCAUGAAGCGGAAGCGAUGUUGGGCUCUAGCUCUAUCUGUCACCAUCAUCGGUAUCUGUGUAGUGAAUGACCCCAUCUACCGUGGUUUUGUCACAAAUAAACUUGC